UGCAAGACAGCUGUCGUGGACGGACAAGCGAGCGCCGACCUCAGGCUCCGCCCCAGAGGGUCCACACCACUCCUUCCCACCCCCGGCCGUGCUUCUUUCCUCCGGCCAGACUGGGAAAGCAGAAGAGCGUCCAUAUGGCUCUUGCUCGAUCGUCCACUCACGAAGGAAGGAAGGAAGGAAGGAACGGACGACCCGACAACAGCUUCGACUUCUUCUGCUGCAGCAUAUGCAUACGCCGUGCGUGUGCCUCUAAGUGGGAACCAUCUAGACACUUUUCCCCCGUGUUUCACAUUUUGCUCUCUCUCAGCGGCCUGGUGGCCAGACUCGGACCUCUGCUUUCCAGAAUGAUGCAUCCAUCCAUCACCAAGUCUCUCUUUUUCCUUUGCAGUAGCUCCAUUCCACCUUGUUUUCCCUGUCCUGUGUCGUUCGUGGCCGGCCGGGUGUGUCAGACGACGGUGCCCUUUCUCUCUCUCUCUCUCUCUCUUCUUUGUCUCUGCGUAGGUAUCGUGUACUCCGUCUCAUUCUCCUUCCGGUCAGUCGGCCCUCGUUGUCUUGGCCUUCAGUCUGUCCAAGGGACCACCCCCGAGACCACCUCCACCUAAGCCGGAUGCGCGCAGCCAAACCCACCGCUGCGUUGUACCCUCCGGUAUCCAUGCAUGUGCAGAUGCAGAGACCCAUACCCCCGACCCGACGACGUUACGGUCAGUCCCAAGCAAGGCUAGGUAGGUAGGUAGGCUAGCCUGGGGUUGCGAGGGCCGCGGCGGCGGUCACCCACACAUGCCCUCUUACAUGGCCGUCAGUCGCGCGCCGCAUCACCACCACCACAUCCAUUGGGCUGCGAGCUUCAGAUGCGAGGAUAAAGAUGUCCUCCCCUCCCGCCUCUCCUGUCCCCUUCUGUUGGCCCUCCUCUCUCCAUCCUCAUCUCGUC